CAUCAAGCUAGGUUGCACUUCACGCUUUUCCACGUCAGUAAGUUCACUUGCACUACCGGCUUGCUAACCAUAGCGACAUAAGAGACCGUGACAGCUUCAGAUCCAGCGGAAUAACCUGGGCAUGUCGUGAAACUGCUUCAACGCUCUUAGCUCUUCCUCGCUUGCUAGCCACUGAACGCCAUUUUGGAUUCGCAUCUGUACAGAUUCGCGAUGGUGGACAAGAAUAUAUACAUCAUCCAGGGGGAGAUUGCAACAGUGGUUGGUGCCAUCAAGAGAAACUCCAGAUGGAGUACACAUACACCACUGGACGAAGAGCAGGAUCCCCUCCUCAGCAGUUUCAGUCAACUUAAGGAGACGCUGAACAUUGUUAAAGACCUCUCCGAAGUGGAGCCCAAUGUCUUUCUUCGACCCUUCUUGGAAGUUGUUCGCUCGGAGGACACAACCGGACCAAUCACAGGCCUCGCUCUCACUUCCGUCAACAAGUUUCUCUCUUACGGCCUCAUAGAUGCCAAUCAUGAAGGAGCAGCAGAGGGGAUUGAGAACAUGGCUGAUGCGGUCACUCAUGCAAGAUUCGUGGGGACAGACCCUGCUAGUGAUGAAGUGGUGCUCAUGAAAAUCCUCCAGGUUUUGAGGACUUUGCUGCUGACUCCAGUGGGAGCCCAUCUGACAAACGAGUCUGUGUGUGAGAUCAUGCAGUCCUGCUUCCGCAUUUGCUUUGAGAUGAGACUAAGUGAGCUGCUGAGGAAAUCAGCCGAACACACGCUGGUGGACAUGGUGCAGCUGCUCUUCUCCAGAUUACCACAGUUUAAAGAGGAGGCUAAAAGUUUUGUGGGCACAAACAUGAAGAAGGCUUACAAUAUCUUAUGGAAAAACAAACGAGUGCAGCUGAAGAUGCGCGCUGGUGGAAUGUCCGAAUCGUCCAAGUGGAAGAAACAAAAGCGGUCUCCUCGUCCCUCGCAUCACAUGGUGCGCAGCCCCUCAGGACAGAUGGACCAGGCCCAGCUCAGCGCUCUCAGCAACAACCUCUCAGGUGGAGUGCCGUUUAUUGAGCAACAAGAUGAUGGAUCUACCAUACUGCCCGUUUCAGACAGUGUAGCUUCCUCCCUCUCUAGCCCUACUGCAGACAGUGGACUUUCCAACUGGUCUAAAGCCACAUCUAAAGAAGACCUCACAGACCUGGAGAGCUGCUCCACAGCCACUACUCCAAGCACAGCAGCUUCUACUGACGCUUGUAUGCUCGACACUCAGAGUGAGGGUAGACCGGUAGAACGUACUCAGUCUGCCUCAGUUGAAUCCAUUCCUGAGGUGCUUGAGGACCGAGAUUCAUUAAUGGAUCAGUCUGACUCUGCAUCAGUGCAUGACAUGGACUAUGUAAAUCCCAGAGGAGUGCGCUUCACUCAGUCUUCCCAGAAAGAGGGUGUAGCUUUAAUCCCAUAUGGACUUCCAUGUCUGAGAGAGCUCUUCCGCUUUCUCAUUUCUCUCACCAACCCUCACGACCGCCACAACUCGGAUGUGAUGAAGCACAUGGGUUUGCAGCUGCUCAACGUGGCUCUGGAGGCCACACACAUCGCUCCAUACCAGUCACUUCUGGUCCUAGUCAAAGAUGAACUCUGCAGACAUCUCAUACAGUUAAUAAGCGAAGAGCGAAUGAAUUUGUAUGCUGCCUCAAUCCGAGUCUGCUUCCUCCUGUUUGAGAGCAUGCGUGGACAUCUCAAAUUUCAGCUCGAGAUUUAUUUGAAGAAGCUAAUGGACAUCAUUACCUCAGAGAACCCAAAGAUGCCCUAUGAAAUGAAGGAAAUGGCCCUUGAGGCAGUUGUGCAGCUGUGGAGAAUCCCUAGCUUCGUGACUGAGCUUUAUAUUAACUAUGACUGUGAUUUCUACUGUUCCAACCUUUUUGAGGACCUCACCAAACUGCUCUCCAAGAAUGCUUUUCCAGUCUCUGGACAGCUCUACACAACCCAUCUUCUUUCACUUGAAGCUCUGUUAACUGUAAUAGACAGCACAGAGGCUCACUGUCAGGCCAAAGUGAUGACCAGAGCUGCUGAGCAGGAGCACUCAGAAACUUUAACAGCUGAAGCAGAGGCCCCUGUCUACAAUACUACAGAUGCAGCAACAGAGGCUGGCAAGACUUUGUUUGGUUUAAAUGGACAGACUGCGUUAGAGUCAGGAGCUCCAUCAGUGUGUCCUCCAACCAGUGGACAUCUAAUGGCUCAGAAGAUGAAGCUGGGUAGACAAGACCAGGAAGAGACUGAUUCAGCUGAAAAGAAAAGCCCUAAAAAGCCUCACCGUUUCACAAGUUGUUUCCCGGACUCCCAGGAACUGAUUAACAUCAAAAACAAGAAAAAGCUUCUCAUCACAGGAACAGAGCAGUUCAAUCAAAAGCCUAAGAAGGGGAUCCAGUUUCUGCAGGAAAAAGGUCUCCUGAGUAGCCCAAUGGACACCGGUGAAGUGGCUCAGUGGCUUAGAGAAAACCCUCGACUGGACAAGAAGAUGAUUGGAGAAUUCAUAAGUGACAGGAACAACACGGAGUUGCUCGACAGUUUUGUCAACACAUUCGCUUUUCAAGGGCUGCGUAUAGACGAGGCUCUGCGUUUGUAUCUGGAGGCUUUCCGACUUCCUGGCGAAGCGCCGGUCAUUCAUCGGCUCUUGGAGACCUUCACUGACAACUGGCAUAAAGUAAACGGGAAUCCCUUCUUGACGAACGAUGCUGGUUUUGCAUUGGCCUACGCGGUCAUUAUGUUAAACACGGAUCAACACAACCACAACGUCCGCAAGCAGAACAUCCCCAUGACCGUAGAGCAAUUCAAGAAGAAUUUGAAAAAUGUGAAUGGUGGUACAGAUUUUGAUCAGGACAUGCUGGAGGAUAUCUACAAUGCCAUCAAGAAUGAAGAAAUUGUUAUGCCUGAUGAACAGAAAGGCCUGGUAAAGGAGAACUAUGUGUGGAGUGUGUUGCUACACAGAGGAGCCACAUCUGAGGGGAUCUUCCUCCAUGUGCCUCCCGGCAGCUACGAUCACGACCUAUUCACGAUGACCUGGGGCCCGACAAUUGCUGCCCUUUCCUAUGUGUUCGACAAGAGCUUAGAGGACGCUAUUAUCCAAAAAGCCAUUGCGGGCUUCAGGAAAUGCGCAAUGAUCUCAGCACACUAUGGCUUCAGCGACGUUUUUGAUAAUUUAAUCAUCUCUCUUUGCAAGUUUACUACGCUCAACAGUGAGUCUGUAGAAAACCUGCCCACAGUUUUUGGCAGCAAUGCCAAGGCUCAGAUAGCAGCAAAGACAGCGUUUAACCUCGCUCAUCGGCACGGUGAUAUCUUGCGAGAGGGUUGGAAGAACAUCAUGGAUGCUAUGCUACAGCUCUUCAGGGCUGAGCUCUUACCCAAGUCCAUGGUAGAGGUUGAGGAUUUUGUAGACCCGAAUGGAAUGAUCUCUCUACAGCGUGUGGAGACGCCAUCAAACAGGGGAGAGUCCGCUGUGUUGAGCUUUGUUAAUUGGUUGACACUGAGUGGUGGAGCGGAGCAGUCAGGACAACGAGGCCCCUCUGCCGAGAAUCAGGAGGCCAAGCAGGCUGCCCUGCUCUGUAUAAAGCAUUGUGAUCCUGAGAAACUGAUCACAGAAAGCAAGUUCCUGCAGCUGGAAUCUCUGCAAGAGCUAAUGAAGGCUCUUAUCUCAGUGACUCCUGAUGAAGAGACGUAUGAUGAAGAAGAUGCUGCUUUCUGUCUAGAGAUGCUUCUUCGCAUAGUUCUAGAAAAUAGGGACCGGGUAUCGUGUGUGUGGCAGACUGUACGUGCCCGUUUGUAUCACCUGUGUGUGCAUGCCAACGAGAGCUGCUUCCUGGUAGAAAGGGCUGUAGUGGGGCUGCUGAGACUUGCUAUACGAUUGCUGCGACGGGAGGAUAUCAGCUCACAGGUAUUGCUUUCCUUGCGGCUGCUCCUGAUGAUGAAGCCUCAUGUGUUGUCCAGAGUUAGUCGAGAGAUUGCCUAUGGCCUGCACGAGCUGCUCAAAACCAAUGCUGCCAAUAUCCACUGCACCGAUGACUGGUACACCCUUUUUACGCUGCUGGAGUGCAUCGGUGCCGGAGUCAAACCUCCAGCCGCACUGCAGGUCACCAGCAGCAGCCCUGACAGUGACACAGGUGCUCAGUCUGACAGUGAAGUGAGCUCAUACCACCAGAGUGAAGUCACUUUGGACCGAGGCUAUACCUCUGACUCCGAGGUUUACACCGAACACAGCAAACCCAGAAUGCUCCGCUCCUCCACUGAAGUUGAAGUCGGAUGGCUAGUGGUUGGUAAGGAUGACCUGGACAGCAGUAAGGCCCUACUUGCUCCAGACUCUAAAAUUCAAGCUCCUCUGAUUAACCAGUACAGUUUAACCUUGGGUCAGGACAUGGGCCUGCAUGACACCAAGUCUCUCAUCAAGUGUGUGGAGUCACUGUCUUUUAUUGUACGCGACGCCGCACACGUCACACCUGAGAACUUUGAGCUUUGUGUGAAAGCAAUUCGAGUGUUUGUGGAAGCCAGUCUUAAUGGAGGUUAUCGCACACACGAGAAAAAAAAGAGCCACAAAUACGACUCAAAAGCCAGUCGGCUACGGAAGAAGCCAAGAGAGAAAGAGGGUGUGUCCCGCCGAGCUAAACCCACCAGUCAGCGGCCGUCCCGUUCCCACAGUGACGAUGAGGAGGACGAGGGGGUGCCAGCCAGCUACCAUACGGUGUCUUUACAGGUUAGUCAGGACUUAUUAGAUUUGAUGCAUACACUGCACACGCGGGCAGCCAGUAUCUAUAGCUCAUGGGCAGAAGAACAGCGCCAUCUGGAGGCAGGUGGAAAGAAGAUUGAAGCUGACUCUCAGACACUCUGGUCAAGUUGCUGGUGUCCUUUGCUCCAAGGUAUGGCCUGGCUGUGCUGUGACGCUAGGAGGCAAGUUCGGAUGCAGGCCCUCACUUACCUCCAGAGGGCGCUACUUGUACAUGAUCUGCAAACACUGGAUGCUGUGGAGUGGGAAUCCUGUUUCAACAAGGUCCUGUUUCCGCUGCUGACUAAGCUCUUGGACAACAUCAGUCCAGCAGAUGUCGGUGGCAUGGAGGAGACCAGGAUGAGGGCCUGUACACUGCUCUCCAAGGUGUUCCUCCAGCAUCUCUCACCACUGCUUUCUCUGCCCACUUUUGCUGCGCUCUGGCUUACCAUCCUAGACUUCAUGGACAAGUACAUGCACGCUGGCUCCAGUGAUCUCUUGUUGGAGGCGAUCCCCGAGUCUUUGAAGAACAUGCUUUUGGUGAUGGACACAGCUGGGAUCUUCCACAAUGCAGACUCGCGUACAGGCUACUCUGAUCUGUGGGAGAUCACAUGGGAGAGAAUUGACUGCUUCCUGCCCCAUCUCCGAGAGGAGCUUUUUAAACAAGCGGUCAUGCCAGAACCUGUCCCUAGUGUUCCUGUAGAACCUGCCCCUGCUUCUGUUCCUAUUUCUUCACCCUCCCCUCCUGUGCCAUUCCCUGCACCAGUGCCAACUGCCUCACCAGAGCCAAAGACCCCCAGCAGACCUGCAUCUCCUCAGGACAUACAAACACCCAGUGCCAACGGAAAUGACAGAUCGUCUCCAGUGCCCCCCUCCACCCCUCCAAUGCCCACCCCAGUUAAAAGCUCAUCUGACACUAUGCCUACUCUCACUCAGUCUCCUCUAAUACUCCAACCCCUAGCAUCUCCACUGCAGGUCGGCGUGCCGCCCAUGACACUGCCAAUCAUCCUAAAUCCCGCCCUCAUCGAAGCCACAUCUCCUGUACCCCUGCUUUCAGUGCCUCGUCCGACUGAACCGAUCGACACUUCAGAGGUCAAAUAGAACCACAAGAUCGUCCUUGAGCAUCUGGAAGAGGACAAUGGAGAAUUGGAGACACUGGUGUUCUCUCUCUUUGCAUUGACAUGCUCCAACUGGAUGCACGAUCAGCACAAAUGAGUACAUUACAUAAGGCCAGGACCUAAAAAGAUUGAAGUCAGAGUGAAAGUGCACCCCCUCUAAUAAACAUGCCCAUGCUAAGGUAUAUUACACUCAGUGCUGUUGAUCAUACGAUCCUACAUUAAACCAGUUUGCAGAAAUAUUUAUUCAGAUUAGCAAUGCACAACUGGAACACGAUGGACAGUCCUAGAACGAGAACCGGGGUUUAUAUUUCUACUAAUUUGUGCAGAGAUAAUGUAUUGAAGCUACAGUGUCUUACACUACUCCAAAAAUCUAUUGGAACAAUUAUAGCGGUAAAUAAUUUGGUUGAGCUUCAGCAUGAUCUGUACUGAGCGUGUUUUGUUUUUGAGGCAUCACAACUGCAGGAGAAUGGAGAUGGAUCUAGCAUUAACUCUCCUCACCACUCGAUAUAAUUUAAAGUGUACAGUAACAUUAAACAGACAUAAUUUAUGAUCACA